AUGUGCAAUUCUUUGACCCGAACCGAAGUACUCGAAAUAGCCUUUAAGCUCAUCAGAAACACCGCAGCCUCCAACGCUGCAUUGCUAUGGAGUUCAAUGAAUUCCAACAUCAAUCAUAUCCCUCAAGCUAUGUCAAUGAACGACUUGAUGAAACCAAAACCAUCCGUUCGCUGUGGAUGCUGGAAAUGUCGUGGCCGUACUGUCAAUGAAGUUGAGGCCGAAAAAGCAAUUAACGAGGUUGUAACCUAUCUCGAUUCCGUCUUGGAAGAGUUUGUCUUUUACUUCCACCAAAACCGAAAAUUUGGCAGGAAUGAAUCAACCCCCAGAAGUGAAAGAAAAUAUGAUUCUUCUUUACCUUUACGACUCUCCAUCGACGACGAUGAUGGUGAUGGUAAUGAAUGUGCGCCCUCAAGUGUUGUUUGUAGCUCAAUUGACUCUCCUCCUUGUGUUGACGACGAACUCGUGUCGGACUACGCAGUACAGGAGAAAAUUAUAGAUCAGGGUUCACCUACUCGAAGAAUUCACAAACUUCACAUCGAUACGGAAAUCACGUACAGGCAAAACUUCUUACCAAAUUCACUAGUGGCGUCUACUCUUUGA